UAAUAAUACAUCACGUCAAAAACGUGGAGUUGAUGUGAAAGUGAAAUUUCAUAAAUUCCUAGAUAGCAUGUUUGGAGCCGCAUGGAAAAUAGCAAAACGUAAACAGUGGAUAAAAGCUGUAAAAAAUUAUGUAGAAAAUCCGAAAGACUGGGAACCAAAUAAAAAUACGAGAAUUUGUAGUUCUCAUUUUAUCAACAACAAAAAAUCGGAACGUCCGUUACAUCCGUCUUACGUUCGUUCCAUCUUUCCUGGAAGUGAAAAUAUUAAAAAAAAUAUAGAAUCCUUGGGACGUUUCCAGCGAGUCAAAAAUCGUGAAUUAUUAAAAGUUUCGAAUAUUAAGAAAUCUUUUGUGAGUAAUGAAACCGAAAAUUCGAUAAAUAUCACCAAUUUAAUUAAUCCAGUAAUGGAGCAAGGUGAUAAUGUGCAUGUUAAUAGUGUUGAUCAGAAUCAGUCUGAUGCUGGUAUUGAAAGUGUUAUUCUUAAACCUGUACAACGAAGCAUAAGUUGUCAAACGGAGACAGUUGUGGAUGAAACGUACGAAGAAUUAACAUAUUUUUUUUGCAAUCAGGACUAUCAUGACGGUAUAAGCACUGCAGCAGUACAGAUAAAUAUUCCAAUGAAGAAAUCAGAAGAUAAGAAUUGUGAAGCAAAUAUACCAAUUUCAAAGGAUGUCCGAGACUCAAGUUGUGAUCCAAUAAAUGUGGAUCUUACAAAAUCUUGUCGAGGCUUCCAUGGACUAUCUUCAAUUACUACAGACGAAGUUAUGAGCAGUUUAACGGGCGUGUCAUUGGCAAUUUUCUCCUAUCUCUUAAUUUUACUUCCAGACUGUAAAGCCUCGAAAAUAGACAAAAAAACCAGUUUAUUAAUUACAUUAAUAAAAUUAAAAACUGGUUUAUCAUUCUAAAUGUUAUGGUGGUCGUGCUGGUGAUUGCUUUAUUACGAAUGAUUGUGGUUUAGUCGAUUUAAUUGAGCCUGGUGAUGUAGUUCUUGCUGAUAAAGGCUUUCCACAGAUAAAAACCCAAGUAGAAAAUAAAAAUGCUGUUUUUGUGAUGCCUCCUUUUGGUUAUAAAGAUCAAUUUACCCCGGAAGAAGUAGACGAAACAUUCAACAUCGCUUCUGUAAGGAUACAUAUUGAACGCGUUAAUCAACGAAUCAAGGACUUUAAAAUUCUAUCGAAAGUACCAAAUUCGUUAUUUCCUCAUAUUGAUGAGAUAGUUUUUGUCAUCUGCGCCUUAAUUAAUGUUCAGAAACCAUUGUUUAAAGAGAAAGAAGUAAUUGAGUAAAAUUUUUUGAGAAAAAUUGUAAAUAAUAUAUUGAAUUGGGAAUUGUAUUAAAU